GGAAAAUGUGAAUUUUAAUAUGUUGUGGAUUGUGUAAAUAAUGUGUAUGGAUAGUUUUAAUUGAAUGUGUAAAUAAUUGUCUAGAAAACUUUCAAUAUCUGAAAUGCCAUAAGGUGCAUAAAAUAACAUUGCACAUCACCCCGUUUACACAUUUUCCAAAUUUUUUUCCAUUCUAAAAUCUUUAUUUAAUUUUGUAAAUUAUUUAUUUUAUUUGAUUAAUGAAAGUUUUAAUUUUUUUUAACUAAUUCCCAAAAUGGAAGAUUCCACCCCUACCACCAAUAUUAAUACUAUUAACACUGUUAACAGUAUAAAUAGUAUAAAUAGUGUGAAUGGUGUGAACAAGUUGGGGAUGAGGGGGAUAACAACGGAGCAUGCGCUGGUGGCUAAGGAAAUUGUUUACAACUCAUUACUAUCCGGCCAACUCUCCCCAAAUCCCAGCGGAGUUGGUAGUCCUGUAAGAUUUAAUAGCCUUAGCUCCGUCAACAGCUUUAAAGCUGAUAAACCCACAUCCAACAUUACAACGCUGGUGGAAAAUGCCGUAGGAAGCUGUGGAGUUGUCCUGAGGAGUAAUCACGCCAGUCCUAAAAACUCCAAUCCCACAACAAACACUAGUACUAACACAGAUUCACAGAGUGUAAACACUGAAUGUGAUAGUAUUAGAAGUGAAAGCCUGAAUGGAAUGGUGGUAACAGGUAGUCCCAAUGUGUGGUUAAACAUUUAUGACUUGGAGAAUGUGCACAGGGUGGUGAAUGUGAUCGCAGACGUGGUGGGUGCAGGCGCAUAUCACGCGGGCGUAGAAGUCUACGGCAAUGAGUAUAACUAUGGAUAUAAUCCUAAGGGAGGGACUGGGAUCACCAGCUCAUUUCCCAAGUAUCAUCCCUAUCACACGUACAUCAAAUCCGUAGACCUGGGGAAGACCAAAUACACACCACAGCAAGUCUCGGAUAUUAUCAAUCACAUGAAACCACACUGGAAUGCACUAGACUACAAUAUUCUUCAUAAGAAUUGUUUGAAUUUUGCGAAGGAGUUGUGUGAGAGAUUGGAGGUUGGGAGGAUACCAGGUUGGGUGAUGGGACUGCAGAACAAGAUCAACUGGACCAAGAGAAACCUCAAUAAAACAACUAAUAAACUCAAAAUUCUUUUAGGCAUCAAAUAA